CUAAAUUAGCUUUCAUUUUUCUCCCCCUAAGCUCACUGAAUGGACACUCUAAACCAAACAAGAGUGACUGAAUUUGUCUUCUUGGGACUCACUGAUAACUGGGUGCUGGAGAUGCUGUUUUUCAUGGCAUUCUCAGCCAUCUAUGUGCUAACGCUUUUGGGGAACAUUCUCAUCAUCAUUGCCACAGUCUUUACUCCAAGUCUCCAUACCCCCAUGUAUUUCUUCCUGAGCAAUCUGUCCUUUAUCGACAUCUGCCAUUCAUCUGUCACUGUGCCUAAGAUGUUGGAGGGUUUGCUUUUAGAGAGAAAGACCAUUUCCUUUGACAACUGCAUCACACAGCUCUUCUUCCUACAUCUCUUUGCCUGUGCUGAGAUCUUUCUGCUGAUCAUUAUGGCGUAUGAUCGUUAUGUGGCUAUCUGCGCUCCACUCCACUACCCCAGUGUGAUGAACAUGAGAGUCUGUGUACAGCUUGUCUUUGCUCUCUGGUUGGGGGGUACCGUUCACUCACUAGGGCAGACCUUCUUGACUAUUCGUCUACCUUACUGUGGCCCCAACAUUAUUGACAGCUACUUCUGUGAUGUGCCUCUUGUUAUCAAGCUGGCCUGCACAGAUACAUACCUCACAGGAAUACUGAUUGUGUCCAAUAGUGGAACCAUCUCCCUCGCCUGUUUCUUGGCUGUGGUCACCUCCUAUACGGUCAUCCUGGUUUCUCUUCGACAACACUCAGCUGAAGGGCGCUGGAAAGCCCUAUCUACUUGCUCGGCCCACUUCAUGGUGGUUGCCCUCUUCUUUGGGCCAUGUAUCUUCAUCUAUACUCGGCCAGACACCAGCUUCUCCAUUGACAAGGUGGUGUCUGUCUUCUACACAGUGGUCACCCCUUUGCUGAAUCCCUUCAUUUACACCUUGAGGAAUGAGGAGGUAAAAAGUGCCAUGAAGCAGCUCAGGCAGAGACAAAUUUUUUUCAUGAAAUCAUAUAUAUAAUGGGCAUUGGGAUUGCAGACAUAAUUGCAGCCACAUCCUUAAUGAAAGAGCAAAAGUAAAGAGUCAAAAUCAACUUAUAUAACUUGGUAAAUUAGGUAAAAUGGCAUGGAGCAGGUUAGAUUUCUGCUCAUUAAAGAUAAGAACUUAUUCUGUUCAUUGAAGAUAAAAACUUAUUAACUAUUAUUUAAAUAAAGCAAAAGAUCAUAGUGGAAGGUAUAAGGAAAAAUAACCCAGGAAAGUUUAAAGACAACUUUUGAUUUCAUCAGUAAAGGAAUACAAUUUGGGGAACUCAGUUCAGUCUCAGUUUCAGGAGCAGGUAGAGUGAGAAUCGACUCUCUUGAUUUAUACUGCUCUGUGGGAUAUUGCCUCUGGGAAGCUGUACAUCACUCCUGUGAUUUCUACAUUAUAGUAGUUUCAGUCUUGCUUUCCAAUACAUUUUCAAGUGUAUAAAUAAGCCUUUACUUAUUUAUAUUGAAUUAAACUUUUGUUGCUUUUGAAAGUAAUUCUCUCACAUCUAGAUCUAUUUUGUACUUUUUUUUUGAGACAGGAAUUUUUUGUACUAUUCCUGCAGCUUCCUCUAAGUCUGAAAUUAUUGUCAAAAUAAAAAG